AUGCCCAAGAUCUUCUUCUCUCUAUCUCUCCUGGCUACAAUGGUAGACGCUAACAAUGCAAGUGUGGGGAACCCUGUGUGGGCAAUAGGUCCCCAGUACUGUGUUCCUUACAACGUUGAACUCGUGAUUGAUAGAAAGCCCAUGCAUAGAAUUAAAUUCAUGGUGACGGAUGUACAAGGCAACUUGCUGUUCAAAGUGAAAAGGCACCUCCUCAGACUCCAUGAUCAGGGGGUUCUGAUAGACUCUGUCGGAAACCACGUCGUCACUCUCCGACGCAAGAUAAUGACAGCACACCACAGAUGGGAAGUGCACAGAGGAGAUAGCACUUCAAACCCCAUCUUGAGUGUGAAAACAUCUGCUGCUAUCCAGCUCCAGACCAAACUGCAAGUGUUCAAGGCCAAUAAGGCCGAGGAAAUAUGUGAUUUCAGGGUCGAGGGAAGUUGGUCAGAGAGCUCUUAUGUCAUCUAUGCUGGAGAAUCUUCCACCAUUAUUGCCCAAGUAUGUUCUUAG